AUGCUCUCAACAAGAGUUAUCACAACAGGAACUCUCUCGAAGACCCUGGGCCAGUUUGCCACUAGUGGCCUUCUGGUUCGCGGAACCAAUUGCGUCCUACUACAGCAGCACAGAGCUUUCAGCUUGUCCUCGAAACCUUUUUUCAAUUCCUCACAAAGAAAUAAAGUUGCGGAAACUGAAGUAAAGAAUUUGAAGGAGUUUCGGGAACGAUCAUGGCCACAUCCUGUGUAUAGUGAACAGGAAAUGAAGGAUAUUGUAAUUGCGCAUCGUAAGGCCAAAGAUUGGUCUGAUUGGGUCGCUCUCUCCGCCGUACGCUUUUUCAGACGAGCAUUUGACCUCGUAACUGGGUACAAACACGACAAGCAGAUUGCGUUGGGAAACAAAAACCCCGGUACCACUGAUGCUUUCCACAUGACUCCUGAUAAAUGGCUUGCCCGUUUUAUCUUCCUCGAAUCCAUUGCAGGUGUCCCCGGUAUGGUCGCUGGCAUGGUCCGUCAUCUUCACUCAAUCCGCCGCCUUCAACGAGACCAAGCUUGGAUUGAGACGCUCCUCGAAGAAGCCUACAAUGAGCGUCUCCACCUCCUUACCUUCCUCCAUUUCCGCCAGCCUGGCUGGUUCAUGCGCAUGAUGAUCCUUGGUGGCCAGGGUGUUUUUUUCAACACUUUCUUCCUCGCCUACCUCAUCUCCCCACGCACCUGCCACCGCUUCGUCGGAUACAUUGAGGAAGAAGCCGUCAUCACCUACACUCGUGCCAUUGCCGACCUUGAUAACGGGAGAAUCCCAGAGUGGUCAAAUCUUCGUGCGCCGGACAUUGCAAUCAAGUACUUCAACCUCAAGCCAGACGCGGUUAUGAAGGAUAUCUUGAUGGUCAUCAGGGCCGAUGAGGCAAAGCAUAGGGAGGUCAACCAUACACUGGCGAAUCUUCAGCAGACAGAGGACCCUAAUCCAUAUGCCUUGACCUAUGGCGAUCGAAAUAAGCCACAUCCGACCAAGGGGUUGGAAUUCACGAAGCCUGUUGGGUGGGAAAGAACCGAGAUUACCGUGAAGCCAUCUUAG